AAUAUUAAAUUUUUUCGCUCCUUAAAUAAUCUGAAAUUCCUCAAAUUAGACAACCUUAAAACCACUAAAACAAUUCCUUAAAACCCGCGUAACCUGUUUUCUCGACCUCGGAUUCUUGAUUUUUCAAUGACUCGAACCCAUUACCAAGGGGCCUUCCUGAAAACCAAAAUAAAACAAAACAAAACCUAGGAUGAAUCAGCCGAAUCCUCAGCAGGUGUAUUGGUCCAAAAUUCUUCACGAGAGAGUGCGCUGGCUCAGAAUUUUACUAUAAAAAAACCUGAAUCUCAACAAAACACACACACUAAGCAAUUUAACUGAAAUACCAAUCGAAUAUUAAUACAUAACAUGUAAAUCCUUCACAGCAUAGAGCCAGUAGCACAGAGAAUGCCUUGGGCACGUUAUGAGACCCAUUUGUCCCCCACUUCGCCCCUACCAGGCCGCAAAAGGCUGUCGCGUUCCAUCCGACAAGCCACUACCAACGAGCUAACAGUACAGUUAGCGGCUCCACGCAGCUCAGGUCGUUCCAGCUGUGCACAGGUUUUUAACGCAACAGAUGCCCCUAUAAUUUAUUUAUUUCAAAAUGGAAAUUGCAAGUUAACUAUCAUAACUAAUUGUGUCUCAUAUAUCUCCAAGAAAACUCAGUCUUGCUAAAAAUUAUCAAUGGAUAACCUAACUAUGACUGUUACGUCCAGUUUAAGUGGCAACAACAAUAUUAACAUUAACAACGCCAAUAAUAACAAUAAUAAUAAUAAUAAUAAUAAUUGCAAAAAUGAAGGUAAUAGUGUGUCAGUGGCCGUAGCUCCCCUUCCAGGAUCAGCAAUCACCGGAGCAACGGUAUACGUUCCAGAUCCAGCCUUCAAACUCUUACCAGGAUCCUGGGGAGCAUCUAGUCCUUCGGAUUCUUCAAAAAUUUCAAGUCCAGUUCUCGAAACCUCCCGCGAAUCUUAUCAACCAGCUCACGUUGUUAAAAUAAAGAUAAAUCCGAUAUUAUCAACCGAUUCCAGUGGAAAAGUGAUAUCCAGUGUUCACUUGACACCAGAUACUGUUAAGGAUCCGACUGUGCACAAAGUGGAGUGUUUCGUAAGCCGAAAUAACAAUUACAAUAAUAUUAUUAACGACAGUGGCAGCAUAAUUGGUGAUUGUGUCCGAAUAAGUGUUAACGAUUCCGAAGAAAUGGUCCAGCGAAUGGCUGAAAAUUGCUUCUACUACGGAAAUUACCAGACCAAUCACAACAACGGAAGUAUUUUGACGAUGACCAGUGGCCAAUGUUCGCCCAGUGACACUUUAGACAGUGGAACCUGCAGUGAUUUGGACGGAACCCCCCCGCCAUUGCCGAAGAAGAAGAGCCAGUCGGUUAUUUUGUUGGGGCAGACUGGAGAACAAAAUGGCCGUGGUGGAGAAGAUGGCGGAGGUAUUGCAAUUGGGAGGAACGGACACACUAGAACUGGAAGCUUGACAAGCAGCGGGGCCGAAAUAGAUAGCGAUGAUAAUGAGAGCAAUGUUAGCUGUGAUUCUCUUAAUCGGCGGGCGCAAAUUAAGGAAGAGGAAGUUGUUAAAGAUGGAGAUCAAGAUCAAGAUGGUGAAGAGAUUGUCAGUAAGCUUAAGGAGGUUGAUUUAGUUAGUGGUAAUGAUAAUGAUGAUUAUGAUAAUGAUAAUGAGGUUGUCCUUUUGAAGAUUACGAAUAUUUCGACGGGAACCGAGUCCAAGGUGGAACCGUUGAGUAACGGGCAGCAGUCGUCCAGUUGUCAGGCUAAUGCUAAGCCGGAAAAGAUGACGCCGAUGAUCACCGAGUGCACGUAUGAAGAGCGCAAGCGAGAGAUUGAUUGUGGAAGUAAUGGUGUUAAUAAUAAUAGCAAUAAUAAUAAUAAUAAUAAUAAUAUUAGUAGUAGUAGUACUAGUAGCAAUAAUAAUGGUAGUUGUAAUAAUAGCAAUGAAGAUGAUAGGAACAGUGGUAAUGAAGGCCAGGAGAUUAAGUAUGUUUAUGAGGACGACAGGUACUACAAGUUUCAUAUUAAUGAGUUGGAGCCUGAGGGUAAUGAGAAGAAAGAAGGGCUAGAGUGUGAAAACGAUGAAUUUUUCGCGGGAUAUAAAAUUCUUGAUAAGGAAGCCAUAAGAAGUGCCAAGGGAACUGUCAGGGGAGUCAAAAAUCGGGUUCGCGCUGGGAUUGCUACUUUUUUGCAGAACCCUUCUUCCAAAAGUUACAGACUAAAAGAUGCCGGGAAAGUUGUUGUGUACACAACAUCAAUGGGAGUAGUACCAAAAACACGAUUCGCUUGUUUAAAAAUGCGUCACAUUCUCAAUACACACAUGGUACAAUAUGAAGAACGUGAUUUGUAUAGAAGUUCUGGAUUACAAACAGAAUUGAAGGAUCGUCUGGCGAGUGAUUACGUACAAGUUCCACAACUCUUCAUCGACGGUCAGCACAUCGGGGAUGCAGAUGCGAUUGAACAAUUGAACGAGUCGGGAGAUUUACGAUCGAUGCUCAAACCAUACAAAGUAAGUAAAAUAAGACUAUUGCCAUUAUUAUCGAUAUUUUUCUUUCAAUAAAGAAAUAAAAUAAAA